AUGCGGGCUGCCAUUCAGCGCACCGUGCUGCUGCGAGCUGGGCUGGCAGAUCUGGUGGCUCAGGAACCCCAGUGUGAGGAGGCUGUGGUGGGACAGGAGAAGGAGGGGGAGAGGGAGAAGGCUCCCGAGGCACCCCAAAAGCGUGCCGCCAUCCAGCGCACAUUGUUGCUGCGAGCCGGACUGGCAGAUCUGGUGGCGCGCGUACUGCAAAGGGGUGAGGAGGCCGUGACGGCACGGGAACCCCAGCACGAGGAGGCCAUGGUGGGACAGGAGAAGGAGGGGGAUAGGGAGGGGGAUUUUGAGGCGCCUCAAAAGGGGGCCGCCAUUCACCCGAGACUGCUGCUGCGAGCCGGGCUGACAGAUCUGGUGGCGCGGGAACCCCAACAGCGCGAGGAGCCCGUGACGGCGCUGGAACACCUGCGCGAGGAGGCUGUGGUGGGACAGGAGAAGGAGGGCGAGAGAGAGGGGGCUUUUGAGGCGCCUCAGAAGCGGGCCGCCAUCCACCGCACACUGCUGCAACGAUCCGGGCUGGCAAAUCUGGUGGCGCGCGCAGCCCAGCGCGAGGAGGCCGUGACGGCAGGGGAACCCCAGCACGAGAAGGAUCUGGUGGCGCGCGCACCCCAACAGCCCAAGGAGGCUGUGACGGCGCAGGAACACCACCACGAGGAGGCUGUGGUGGGGAGGGAGAAGGAGGGGGAGAGGGAGGGGGCUUUUGAGGCGCCUCAAAAGCGGGCUGCCAUCCACCGCACACUGCUGCUGCGAGCCGGGCUGGCAGAUCUGGUGGCGCGGGAACCCCAACAGCGCGAGGUGGCCGUGACGGCGCGGGAACACCAGCACGAGGAGGCCGUGGUGGGAAAGGAGGAGGGGGGCGAGAGGGAGGGGGCGUUUGAGGUGCCUCAAAACCAAGAGGGAGGCCCAACGGUCAUUGUGCUGCGUCAUGCUGGUGGGGGGGUGGCACCGAAGGAGAGCAGGGGUGGUGGGAAGAGAGAGAGGCGCUUAAAAGAGGUGCUAGCUGGUGGGAAGGAGGAGGAGGGGGAGGAGGGGGAUGUGGUGGAGGUGACAGCUGUGGGGAAGAGGAGGCGGGUGGGAUUGGCGGGGAGUGGCACACGGGGGUGGGCGGAUGGUAGUGGGGAAGACAAGAAGGAAGGACAGAGAGGACAGGUUUCUCGGAGCUGGUUGUCGAAUGAGGUUGAUAUGGCGGAGGCGAGACGACGGCAGGGAGGAGAGGAAGUGAAGGAGGAUGGGCGUAUGAAAGAGGUGGGGUUGGGGGAUGGUGAGCAUUUGCGGGUGCCAAGGGGAUGCGGAAGAGAAGAAGAGAUGGGGGAUGAGGGAGGACUGCAAGAGACAGGCGAGGCGCAGGGAGAAAGCGGCGGAUGUAAGGAGUCGUCUGGGGUUCGAGUUGAUGCAGGGCAUGAGGUGGCAUGUGGAGAGCAUGAGCUGGCAUGUGAAGGGCAUGUGUUGAUGAGUGAUUCACCCGAUGGUGAUGAUGACGCUGCUGCUGCUCCUACUGCUCUUACUCCUCCUCCGCCUCCUCCUGUUGCCGGUGCUUCGGUUGCUACUGCUGCUGCUGCUGCUGACCAUGACAUUGAUGGUAAUGGCGCUGCUGCUAACAAGGCAUGUGGUGGCACCGGUUUUAUUGCUUACAAUUGGCGUCGUGGGCAGGGGAAUGAACACGCUGCUGUAGCAAGGAAGCUUGGUGAGGGUGGGAAGGCAUGUGGUGGUGGUGGUAUGGCUACUACUGCUGCGGCUGCUAGUGACGAUGACAAUGAUGGUGAUGGCCAUGCUGCUAGGAUGGCGUGUGGUGGCACCGGUGUUGUUACUUACAAGCGGCGCGGUCGGCUGGGGGGCAAACACGCUGCUGCCAGCAACGGUCGUGUUGCUGGAGCUAGCAAGCAUGGUCCGGGUGGCAAGGCAUGUGGCAUGAGAGACGGGACGAGAGAAGGGACAAGUGCUGAUACGUGCGACGGGGGCAAUGGGGGAGAGGGAGGGGAAGAGGAUGAUGGGGAAAGUGAGGGCGGGCAGGGGGUUGGGGGGGUGUGUGGGAGCAGUGAGGCUGGCAAGUUGGCUGAUGCGGCUAUAGUUUGCAUCAGCGACUCUCCUGUGGAGCGGGCGGAGGAGGAGGAGGAGGAGGGGAAGGAGGAGGAGCAGGAGGCAAGUAGAGAUGCCUCUAUACAGGUCGGAGAUCGAAGCCUCGUGGCGCAGCACGUGCCAUGCGCAGUGGGAGUCGCAAUAGCGGGGGUGCGUGAGGGAGUCAGUCUGUAG